GCCGGUGAGCCCCCCAUCUGCUCCGUGUGCGGGCUGAGCUUCGAGGGGCUGAGCUUCGGUGGAGGACCACAUGACGGGGCACAACAAGAAGAAGCAUUAUGAGUGCGACGUGUGUGGCACGGCCUGCUGGAGCCCGAGCCAGCUGGAGGCCCACCGGCGGGUGCACACGGCACAACGCCCCUUCGACUGCUCGGAGUGCGAAAAGAGUUUCAAGAUGGCCAAUGUCCUGGCGGCCCACCGGCGGGUUCACACGGGCGAGAAGCCCUAUGGCUGCUCCACAUGUGGCAAGAGCUUUACCCAGUUGUCGGGGCUGUGGGAGCACCAGCAGGUGCACAGCAUUGAGCGCCCCUACACCUGUACCCAGUGCAGCAAGUGCUUCACCCAGUCCAGCCACCUGCUGACGCACCAGCGCACCCACACCGGCGAGCGCCCCUACACCUGCGCCCAGUGCGGCAAAGGUUUCACCGAAUACAGCAACUUGCUGCAGCACCAACGCACCCACACCGGCGAGCGCCCCUACACCUGUGCCCUGAGCGGCAAGGCCUUCACCAAAUGCAGGGACCUUCUGGAGCACCAACGCACCCACACCGGCGAGCGUCCCUGCACCUGCAUCCAGUGCGGCAAGUGCUUCACCACCUCCAGCAACCUACUGGUGCACCAGCGCACCCACACCGGCGAGCAUCCCUACAACUGCGCCCAGUGCGGCAAGGCCGUUGCCGCCCGUUAUUUCCCGCCCGCCCGCCCGCUCGCGUUGCCCGCUGGGAAGAAGAAGGCGUUUCCAGAAGGUUCUUCACCAAACGUCAUUCAUUCGGAGUUCGCUUCUCCACAACGACGUUCGGAUUCCGACUGUAAAUGA